UCGCAGGAAACGCAUUACGAUGAGGUUUUCACGAUAGUUACCGUCAAAUAUAUGCAAGAAAAUCGACCUUCCCACAUUUUUGAGUGGCUCUCAUGUUUACCGCUCCUCAUGGAAAAUAGAUCUAGGAACGAAUUUCCGCUGUGGCAAGAACGUCUAAGAAUUUCUAAGUUUAGGUUGUCCCUCUUUAUAGAGGUAAGAGAAAACACCUUUUCGGUUGUAUUAUGUCCUAUAAAAAUAUCUAUGGGUGAAUUGCUGAACGAUGGUUUGCAAUUUAAUGUUGUUCUACUUACAAAAGUUUCCGUUCCCGGACGCCGUCUCAAACUUAACUGGCGCUAUCCUAAAAGUCAUGAUCUCUCCACGCCAGAUAAACUGACGUUUGACAUGUUGAAAAGUACAAAUAUAAUAGAGUACUCCGGUAGUCUUGACGCAAUCCUAGACUCUCAAGAACCCAUUGCUUCUAUCCUGACAAUGAAGCAUUCUAUCCUUCUAUUGUUUCUCGCGAUUUCCGUCGCUGCGAAAGACAUCGAGUAUGACUACAUAAUUGCAGGCGCUGGCACAGCGGAGAAUCCAAACAUCACAGUUGCGGUCUUGGAGGCCGGUACAGAUAGCCGGACAAAUCCUAACGUUACUAUACCAGAGCUCCGAGGCGCGAUCAUUGGUACGGAGUUUGAUUGGGAUUUUAGCUCUGUUGACCAACCUGGGCUCUUUGAGAACAGGUCACAAGCUGUCAAUAGGGGCAAGACGAUCGGUGGAACAAGCGCCAUGAACUGGAUGAUCCACAACGAGGAUUCAAGAAUUCAACUCGACAUCUGGGAAAGCCUCCUCAACCUCACUGGUUGGAAUUGGGAAACGCUUUCAACAGCUUUUAGGGAAUCGGAAACAUUCUUUGCAUCACCAAGUUCUAGCGUCUUGACGUAUGAUGCAGCAAAUCACGGAGGCAACGGACCGAUAUGUUCCACGAUGCAGCGGAGUGUCUUCUCAUUACUUUCCGAUUACCUUGAGCCUACGCUCCGUGCCGCCGGCUAUGUCAUCCCACAAGACAGGAAUGGAGGAAACGUCACUGGUGCAAGUUUCCUACCACUCGCCAUCUGUCCGCAGAAUUAUACUAGGUCAUAUGCUGGCUCGGCAUACACAGCAGUCCAGGCCCGUCCAAAUCUCCGAGUGUUAACCAAUUCUCAAGUCACCGGCAUUAAAUGGGAGAGUACCCUUGCUGGGAACAUCACAGCGGCUGGAUUAAAGUACCAAGAUGGCAGAGACUCCAAUUCUAUUGCGCAAAUAAACGCCAGAGAGAUAAUCCUGAGCGCAGGGUGCAUUCAAUCUUCCCAAAUCCUUGAGCUUAGCGGAGUCGGCGAUCCAAAUAUCCUUUUACCAUUGGGCAUUCGACCAGUGGUCAACCUAUCCACAGUUGGAACUGGGCUGAGAGAUCCUCCGAUGAUGAUGUACGAGCCGCUGCAAUUCAAUUUCUCAGUAAAUUUCACCGGACACGAGUACGCUCAGAACUUUAUUCAACUAGAACCCGCUCGCAACAUUCUGUCUCCAGAAAACUUCGCUGCGGCCUCAACCUGGCUCAACUCAACGGCUUCAAUUCCCGGACUCGAAGACGCUCAACUUCAAGUAUUCAAGCACUUGUGGUAUACCGACCAGCCCUUGAUAGAAAUUGCCUGGCAGUAUUCUGGCAACCAAGCAAUGCCGUACGCUUUAAUACCCCUAUCCCAAGGCACAACACACAUCAACAGCAGCGAUCCUCUUGCACCCCCACGCAUCGACCCAAACUACAAUACCGUCCGCGCGACAAUAGGCGGCGAGGAAGUCGACUGGGACCUCUGGUUUCUGAGCAAGGCAGCGCAGUACUACGUCACCCAGCUCGCUACCCACGCUCCUUUCAGCGAUAUCCUCACACUCACGGAUCCGAUGUACAACCUCUCAGCGGCGGAGUACCAGCAAGCCGUUUUCGAGCGCAUGGGCACAUCACAGCAUCUCACUGGUGGGAACCCAAUGCUUCCGCGUGAGGCUGGCGGAGUUGUAGAUUCGAAAAUGCUGGUGUAUGGCACGCGGAACGUUCGGGUUGUGGAUGGAAGCAUAUUUCCAUAUCAGCCAUCAGCACACCCCAUGGGUCUCACGUACGCUGUUGCCGUCCGUGCAGCGAGGAUUUUGCAGAGCUUGCAAGGCGGCCAAGGACCAACGUAUACCGAUCAGCUUCCAUUAGGCAAUUCGAGUUCAAACGCUACUGCCACGUUCCCUUCGCAAAGGCCUACUGCAACUUAUGACUCGAUGGGAUCUGUUAUGCCUCCGGCGCAGUCGAUUUCAUCUACUGUUGUUUCACAGCCUGCUCCUAUUGUUAAUGUUUGA